AUGGCUGACUCGCAGGGCAGUAUUCACCUCUCUGGAGCUGCCUCUCUUGCUACUACUCCUACUGUAGCCUCCGUUCAAAGCGCGCUCGGCAAGCCGACCGAGGCGAAAGGAACCCUUGAUAACCACUCCCAGUCUUCCCGUGAUUUCAACCAGCCGCCGCCGCCCAAGAAGGUCCGAGUCGAAGAGAGGAGCGUUAAACCCAAGAAACUCAACAGGGACGGAGGAGUGGGAGGCAACGGUAGCGGUAAAGAGAAACUCCAGCAGCACACGAAGCUGCAGAGUUAUGGCAGCAGCUCGGGCUUGUGGAGCUGUAGUCCGGUUAAGACGGCCACCAGCAGCAGCAGCAACAACAACCCGUCUCCGGUGGGUGCUACUGAGGAGAAAAAGAAACAUAAACUGUUGUUGACCUCCGGAUCUGGGACUACUGUUAAUAACGACGUCGGUAAAUUUAAUAACAUUUCUGCAGCGAAGAAAGAAAAUGGAGAUGUCACGUUGCCACCAAAAGAUCACUCCACCAAGGACAAGGCGAAGGAGAGGGAGCGAGAGGAGAGGGAGAAGAAGAAGGUCAAAGAGCGAGAGAAAGAAAAGGAGAAGAAGAAGCACAAAGUGAUGAAUGAGAUCAAGAGGGAGAAUGGAGAAGUCAAGCAGCCGAUUAAAGAUGACAAAGAGAAAGCCAAGAUCAACUCAGAGGAGCUGCAAAUCAAAAAAGUGAAGAAGAAAAAGAAGAAGAAACACAAAGAAGGGGAGAAGCACAAGCAUGUGAAGAUGUACCACCGGUCCUGCCAAACCAUCUGUGCUGGCCUGCUUCUCCUCCCUCCCUCCUCCACGUCCCCCACCUCGUCUUCGUCCCCCUCUGAAAUAAAACACGACUCCUCCCUAUCUUUAUUUAAGUCCCCUCUACCUGUUUAUCCUCCACCUAACAACAAAAGCUCCCAUCUCCCGCCCUCCUCUCCUUCGAAAUCUCACCUGAACUCUCUUCACAACUCACUUAACUCUCCGUUGUCGUCCACCACGUCACCUCUUUCCUCCCCAACCAAACACCAACCGCAAUGCUCGUAUCCCGGUAUGGCGGAUCUGGAGUUUGCUUCGUACAUUCACGUAGAAAACCAGCCUAACGGAGGCGCCUUAGUGGCUCACGCCUACACGUCGCAGCUCUCCUCUCUCUCAGUGGACCAGAGGGAAAGGUUUGCUCAGGAGUUUGUCACGUUGGUGUUCAGUGAGGACGCGUCCCAGGCUGCUCGUUAUGUCAUGGGAAUCGUCCACGGAGAAGCCAAGUACCUGCCGGACUUUUUGGACUACUUCUCAACCAAGUUUCCGUCGGCUCCGGUGAAAAUGGAAAUAAUUGGAAAGAAAGACAUAGAAACCACGACUAUGGCUAAUUUCUACUCUCAGGUGAAGAAAACCUACAGUCAUGGCACAUACAGAGCUGGGGCCAUGAGACAGAUUAGCCUGGUGGGAGCUGUGGACGAGGAGGUCGGCAAUUAUUUCCCAGAAUUCCUCAGCAUGCUGGAAGAGUCACCUUUCCUCAAGAGGACUCUUCCAUGGGGAACGUUUUCCAGUCUGAGGCUGAUGAACAGCAGGGAAGCAGACGGGUGAGAAACACAAACUGUGUGGGCACGCUGUGUUUUUCUACUUUUUCACUCUGCUUUUUCUCUUAGCUCCGCAAAUGAGGUGAAGAACCUGCUUCAGUCCCUGCCCAGGACCAGCGAGCCCAGAGAGAUGCUGUUCGAGGAUCGGACGCGAGCCCACGCCGAUCACAUCGGACAGGGUUUCGAGCGCCAAACCACGGCGGCCGUGGGGGUGCUGAAGGCCGUAUGCUCCGUAGAAAGCUUGGAGCCUCCUCGUGUAACCAAAGAUGUUGUGUGUUUCCACGCUGGUGAUUUCCCUUAUGUAGUUCAGAGGCUGCAGUUGGACUUACAUGAACCCCCGCUGUCUCAGUGUGUGCAGUGGGUGGACGACGCCAAACUAAACCAGCUGCGGCGGGAAGGCAUUCGUUAUGCUCGCAUCCGCCUGUGCCACGAUGACAUCUACUUCAUCCCCCGCAAUGUGGUCCACCAGUUCAAGACAGUUUCUGCUGUCUGCAGCCUGGCAUGGCAUGUCCGCCUCCUGCAGUACCACAAGGGAGAAGGGCUGAAAGUGGAAGAGACUGAAUCGGUUUUUGAGGGGGAAAAGGAGGAUGAGAAGAAGACGAUAAAGGAUGAGGAUGUUGAGGUUGAGGUGGCAGAAAGCAGGACAUUGCCAACUGGCAGAAAGGAGGAGGACAGUGAUCGCCUUCAGCAUCCACCUCCCCCGUCCCGGUCUGCUCUCUCAGCGCACUCAGACAAACAGGAGGCGAUGGAGAGGGCAGCUGAAGAAAGAGGGCCUAAACGGCAGGAUUCACCUCCUGCAAAGGUGAAGGCAGAAUCUCCAGCCCCUGCCUGCAAGAAUAAAUCUCCUCCACCUCGCACUAUGUCCCCUCCUGCUUUCCUUCCUCUUGAUCGGGACACAGAACCCAAAAUAUUAUCUAAACCUCAUCACCACCACCACCAUCUCUUAGACAGCAGAACAACGUCUUCCAGUAGAAGUUCCUCCUCUUCAGCUUCUCCGAAAUCAUCCCCAAAGUCUUCCACCUCGUCAGCGUUUUCACCUUCACCUGUCGCAAGCUUGCAUUCGACUUUUGCAGCUUCCCAUCCAUCUUCUACCUCUUCUUCUUCCUCCUCCUCCUCUGCUGUGGUGUCCACAUCUUCCCCUCUGCCAGCUUCCUCUUCAUCCCUGACUAGUCUCAAGCCUGCAGUGGAAUCUCUUCUCUCCACGCUUCCUCCUUCUUCUCAGCCUCUUCCUUCCUCGGAGUCAGAUCAACCGAAGGACAAAGACUCGCUCCCGGUCACAGACACACAGACACAGGGGUGGUCACAGGGGUUGCCCACUGUGGAUAUAAAAACACACCCCUCCGAAAUCAACACAUGGACUUACACAGGGAUCGACAUGCGGACACAAACACGCCCAGAGGCACAGACUCACACUUUAGACUCAGACUCCAGGACAUCCGUGGAUUUGCCAGUACAUCCACCACAGGACGCCUCGAGGCAAGGAAACUACAUGCAGCAAUACACACCCCAGCAUCUCCCACCUCCUCCCCUCCCUCAGAUGCUUCCCCUCUCUUUCUCCCCUCUCCUGCCGCAUUCCCACAUCCCUCACAGACCUCCAGGGCUCCCCCAAAACACCCUCUCCAGUCCUUCCCUUCCCACACAGCCUCAAACGCUAAACUCUUUUCUCACCCAGAAAGCACCGCCACAUUCGGUCCACCUGAGCCCGCUUCACCUGCAUCACCAACCAAAUAUCACCACACAGUCCCAGCCGUACUUCCAGCCCCCACUAAUGGCCUCCCCUCCUCUAAGCUCUCCCCUCACUAACACCCAGUCUCUCUCCCCUCACCUUUCCCAUCCACACCAGUUCGCCAAAACCUUCUUCCCCACCCAGCAUCCCGGCUUCACCUCCCACCCCUUCCUCCCCCCUCAGCCUUUCCUCUCGCAGCCGCCGGGUGCUUACCCCCUACAACCGCAAUACCAGACCUCAGCAUCCAUGCAGGUUCAGCUCUCCCUGUCACAGUCUUUCCCUCACCCACCUCCUCCUCCACCGCCAUCCUCCUCCCCACACCCCCCUCCCCCCCCUCUUCCUCCUCACCCACCACCUCAACCUCGCCCUGCUGUUUUCCCCCCACCCCCAAACCAUGAAGAGGAGCCGAAGCAGAUUUUAUAGUAGUUUUUUGUACGUAAUGAAACUCUUUUUAAAUGACUGUAUACGUAUAAGGUUUCAUUUUGGUUGUGCUGUUGUAAAACAAUGUAAAAUAAAUAACUAAAGAGGGAGAAAGCAGACACAGUAUCAUAGUUUAUCAAGCAGCGUUGGACUCGAUAUAACCCAGACCUCUGGACUGAACUGGCUUAGAUUGUACAGAUGCUUUGGUCGUGCACAGGUUAAAAAGUGUGAUGGAGAAUUCCUUUCAUUUACAGGUAGCUUUGGCCUUUAGCCAUCUGAACUCUGAAGGAGAGAUUAUUCAGGCUCAAAUGAGCCCUGUCGUCUGCCAAACUGCUGUCUGGCUCUGUUUUUUUUGUUUUGUUUUUAAGUGAAGUGAGCAUAAGUCCUUUCAAACAUCAGAUUAUCUGUGAGCCUGUCAGAUGCAGGAAGUGAAGAUUUCUCCAGACUUGUGUCAGAUAUUUAUAUAAAUAUAGAAUAAAGGUUGUAAGUGUGGCCUUUUUGUGAAACUUGCAGCUAAUGCUUCCAUUUUUGUGGCUUUUUUUUUCUCGUAUGUUCUCCGUGCCCAAGACUGUUUCUGAAAUAAUGAUGGAUCACCGCUGGUGUAUUGAUUUAAUGUUCCUACACUUCAUUACUGUACUGUACUAUACAGUCUAUCACAGUACUUUUCCCUAAUAUUGUAUUUAGAGCUAUAAUGCUAUAAUGUUGCUGUAGUUUUUUAAUGCUACUCAACAUUAUCUGAGCUCCAGCAUGCAGUAGAACUGCAUUCAGUCAGGCCACUAAGAGUCACAUUUUCAAAGUACUGAGGUUGUCCUGUGCUGGCUGCCCUUAACGCCACAGUGGGCUCUUUGUGUAAUUUUGCUGCUUUUCUUUUUUUUUGUUUUUCGCCCGUCUCCUGGAUGUGUGCCAGGGUUUCUUAAUUUUGAGAACAAGUUUUGUGAACAAACUCGACCCAGGGCCUCCAGAAGUCUCAGGAAAACGCAUUCAGGGCACAUCCUGAACCUCGAUUUUUAUCCCCUUAACCGGAUCUGUGUGUUUUAUUAACAAGCAGCUACGAUGACAGCUCACUGUGAGCUAGGAUUCAAAGAGCAAUAUCAUACAGAUGCAGCAUAGCCAAGACAUCCCAAACGUGACUCAUCACAGCAGUUUUAGUGCGUGUGAAAAUGCAGUUGGUAUUAUUGUGGAAACUUUGAGUCGAGACUUGCAGAUUCCAUUAGAUUAUCCACAGGGCAAUUUCAGGUUCUUCCAAGACUGUAACUUCAGUGCAUUCAGGCUCACUUUUUAUUUAUUUUUUUUAUUUACACUUCGAAAACAGACGGUACGCUGUCAAGAGCUCGUUUCCAAAGCACUAUUUAUCUAUUUACCUGAAGUCUGCUUUCUCUACAGUGUGGAGUCUAUGAAAUGUUUUAUUUAUGAACCACAGACUGAAGUGUUUAAAAGUACAGUAAAUUAUUUUAUGUGGAAUUUUUAGCAGCGCCUAUGAAGAAUAUAUGUUUCUCCAAAUAUCUGAUCAUGAGAGUCAAACUCAUCUGUCUCGGUGCAUGUCACAGAGUUGUGUAUCUUUGUUGGUGUCUUGAUUUUGUUUUGUCUUUUUUGUUUUUUACUAUCGAUAUUGCUAAUGUAGCCCACAUUUCCCCAGUGCCUGUCCUUAACUGUGAAAUACUAAAUGGUCCAGAGACAUACAGUGAAGGGGUCUUAGUUUUAACUGGAAAAUCAGAGCAAAGCCUUAAAUUGGUGUCUAAAGCCGCUGGAAGCUCUCCAAACAUCUGAGGUCGGAGGGUUCAGCAGUGUUCAGAAGGUUUUUUGGGUUUCUUUUCCUUAAUGAUUCGUUUCACCACAAGCCUGAAAAAUUUUGGAAAAUGACAGAUAACGCCUUAGCUUUUUGUCGUCAGUUUGCCUCAACGUUCACAGUGAGAACUCUUCACUGUAUGGCUCUGGGGGAGAGCGAGGUGAUAAUUAAGCACUUGAUAACAGUUGUGAGGCGCUAUGCCGCUCUUUAUACGCUUUUUGGCUUUUGGAUGUUACAGAAACACGACAGGAACUUCUCUAUUUUUUUGUAGAAAUGUGACAAAAAAGUUAUGGCUGAAAACAAAAAGUCUU